UACCCACUUAAUCACUCUCUUAAUAUCUUUCUUAAUCACCCACUUAACCCUUCAUUAUCAUUAUCAUUAUCAUUAUCAUUAUCAUUAUCAUUAUCAAACGACAAACACUCUGAUCCAUAAUAUCAAUAUCAAUAUCAAUGGCACUAGCUUCUCUACAACUCCCCUUUCGCCCUACCAUUUCCUCCCACCUUAAUUCCCACCCUUCAAACUCCUUACCACCUUCCAACCUCCAUGUCUCCGCCCCAAGAAAACUCCGUGCUGCAGUUAUUGGAGGCGGCCCUGCUGGAUCAUGCGCUGCUGAAGCACUGUCCUCUGGCGGAGUUGAGACCUUUCUCUUUGAGCGUAACGUCUCAGGUUCAAAACCCUGCGGCGGUGCCAUCCCACUCUGUAUGCUCGAUGAGUUUUCCAUACCACGUUCCCUUAUUGACCGUCAAGUCACCCGUAUGCGCAUCUUCUCCCCUUCUAACCUUUCCAUUGACUUUGGUAAAACUCUCUUACCUACUGAGUUCAUUGCCAUGACUCGCCGCGAGGUUCUUGACUCCUUUUUACGGUCCAGGGCCGAGUCUAGUGGGGCUCGCUUGAUCUCUGGCCUUGUUACUCGCCUUGACCUCCCAACUCACCUCGACAGUGGGCCGUACGUGAUCCAUUACAAUGUCGGUGGGUCUAAGAAGUCAGUUGCUGUUGAUGUUGUCAUAGGUGCAGAUGGAGUCCACAGUCGGGUGGCAAAGGCUAUUGGGGCUGGGAACUACGAGUAUGCCCUGGCUUUUCAGGAGAGGAUCAGACUACCAGAGGAGGAGAUGGACUACUACAAGGAUCUUGCUGAGAUGUACGUGGGAGACGAUGUUUCGCCCGAUUUUUACGGCUGGGUGUUCCCUAAGUGUGACCACGUGGCGGUCGGAACCGGCACAGUGAAGUCCAAGUCUGAUAUUAAGAGGUUCCAACAUGGGAUUCGGGCCCGGGCAGGAUCAAAGAUCCGUGGUGGACGGGUUUUCAAGGUGGAAGCACACCCAAUACCGGAGCACCCGAGGCCCGUUCGGGUGCGAGGUCGUGUCGCUCUUAUAGGGGAUGCGGCAGGUUAUGUGACCAAGUGUUCCGGGGAGGGGAUAUACUUUGCAGCAAAGUCAGGUCAGAUGUGUGGGCGGGCCGUAGUGGAGGCAUCGGAGGGCGGGACAAGAAUGAUAAGGGAGGCGGAUUUGAAGAGGGAGUAUUUGAGGAAGUGGGAUGGGGAAUAUAGGAGUACAUUUAGGUUUUUGGAUGUGUUGCAAAAGGUAUUUUAUGGGAAUAAUGCAAGUAGGGAAGCAUUGGUGGAAUUAUGUGGGGAUGAGUAUGUGCAAAGGAUGACAUUUGAGAGUUAUUUGUAUAAGAAAUUGGCAAAGGGAAAUCCUUGGGAGGAUACUAAGAUGGCAAUGAAUACCAUUGGAAGUUUAGUUAGGUGUAAUCUUGUAGGAAAAGGAAUGGACUUUUUGUCCAAUGUUUGAUCGAUCAUCUCUUUUGUUGCAAUGACAAGUCUUUCUAUGAACUUGAUACCAUUUUCGAAAUGAAUUACGAGACUUUGUCGUAAAUUUCUCCAACUUGAUACCAUUAUGGAAAGGACUUCUCAAUGUUUAUCUAUAGCCUAGAGCAAUGUACAACAAACUAACAUAAAUAAAAGUAAAUCU